CGAGUUGUUGCAUCGAACAGUUGAAGUAAACUACUCGAAAAGCAUCAAAAUGAAGACUAUCUUAUUAGUGAUGUGUGUCGUGGUACUCACUCACGCAAUUUUAAUGCGGCAUCCAUUUUAUGACAACGCGGAAGCCUGUUUAAAAGAUCUUUCGUCAAAAAAAAAGUUUUUACAUUUCAGCGUUGUCGAAGCACUUCAACCAACUUUUUCUAUCAAUCUUGAGAUUUCUAAAAUCAUCCCGAAAAACAUCUCGAAUGCUACCUUGGUCGAUGUUUUUAUCUGCGCACUUAAGAAAGAUGGUCUAAUCACUCCAGAAGGAUUGAGUAAAAGUGGAGAAGAACAAUAUUGUUCACAAGUUUUAACGAAACCUCAGAAUAUAAUGGAAUGUCAAAAAAUUAUCAAGCACUGCACUGAUUUAGAAUGCACACAGAAUGCAACAAUGUGUACAUAUCCUGAGGAGGUAAUAAAAGAUAUGACUUGUAAUGUAAUGAAUGGAAUAGCGUUGACUCUUGAGAGUCCACUGCAUAUUAUUGGAGGAUCCAUUAUGUAGAUACAGAAUGAGGUAUAUAAAAAGAAAAUUGCAUGAGCAUUUAUUAUAUUGGAAGUCUUAGAUAUUUGGAAGAAGUAUUGGAUGAUAAAGUUAAUAUUUGAAAAAUGUUCUAACAAAAAUACUAACAAUGUAUAAUUAAUAAAGCUAAUAAAUACAUGGAAUUACAUCUA